AUGUGGAGUUUCGACGAGCAAGGACGUGUCUGGAAUGUGGGCCGUCGACAGUCGUGCAACGAACCACGUUUGCCACAAAAGACCAAGUUUGCAAGUUUGGUAGAGCGCAACGAGGGCGAACUAUUGGUGGCUGAUGGCAACAAGGUGGCCAUCAAGGAUGUUGGAACCAUCAUAGAAAAUGUGGUUCUGACCAACGGCGAAGAGCGCGAGAUCGAGAUCAAGAACGCGUUACAUGUUCCCAGUCUGAGCAAGAACCUGCUUUCGGUGCCACAGACUAACAGGCAUGACAUCUCCAAGUCGUGUUUGACGGGUCCAAGAUUCGACGUACUGCGCAAGAUGAUCACGACCAACAUGAUCAAGGAUGUGCGAGUCCCUCUCAAGUUGGGUGGAGCAAGUGCAUGCCGCGGGUGUCAACAAGGUGAAAAAGUCCAAAAACCAUUCCCAAGCAACCGCGACAAGCGCAGCUAUGAUAAGUGUGAGCUGCUUCAUCUGGACAUCUGUGGGUCCAUGGAAAAUGAUUCGCUCGGUGGUAGCAGAUAUCUGCUACUGAUCAGUGAAGACUACGUCCGGAAGUACAUCACUGUGGUUCAGACGCAGUUCAGUAAGAAGGUCAAGUUUGUGCGACACGACGGAGCUUGCGAGCUCGCAACCAACUCGCUUCAAAUGUUCUACAAAGAUGAAGGCAUUGAACAGCAAACAACGGUGACAUAUGCGCAUCAAACCAACGGAACAGCAGAGCGUGCCAUUUGGACUAUCCUUACGAUCGGCCGCAGCAUGCUUCAUCAUGCCAAACUAGACAAUUGUUUCUGGGCUGAAGCAGCGAUGACGGCCAUCUACGUCAAGAAUCGACUGCCGUCACCUAAAGUCGUACUCAAGAAUACGUUUGAGAUCGUCUACAACUCUACGCCAAGCGUCAAGCACAUGCAAGCAUUCGGGCGCCAGACGUACAUACUGACGCCAAAGGAGAAUCGGCUUAAGUGGGAUCCAAAGGCUCGCACUGGCAUAUUCGUGGUUAUCAGUCGCGAUGUCAACUUCGACGAGUCCACCUUUGGACUUCCGCCGCCGAUCACUGAUGAAGAUGCCGAUGACCUGGACUUCGAGUUGCUUGACCUCAAUGAUGAAGAGCCGCGUCAGGUGGAGUACAAGCAAACAGGCAAGCGCAAAAACCGCCUCAGUGAUGAAGAUACAGCAGCUCCACGGCCACGUGCAGUGCGUCAACGACCUGGACUAGAAGAGUCAACCGCGCUAGAAAACAACUCGUCACGCCAAGAAGAAGACGAAGAAAGGAAGGAUUCUGAUGAAUCAACUCCGCCUGUGUUUUGGCAUGCGAGUGCGAAUGUCGUUGAAACAGCAGCAGACUUAUCAGAGCCCUACACACUUGAGGCUGCAGUGAGCGGCCCUGACCAAGUGCACUGGCAAAUGCCAUUUAUGCGGAACUCGAGUCGAUGCGCCUUCGCGGGUUUCCGCCAAAAAUAUGGCAUCGACUACACGGAGACAUUUUCAUCCGUGGUCAAGUAUGUGACGCUGCGAAUGGAGAUCGCAAUUUCCAAUAACUUUGGAUGGCCCAUCGACCAGCUUGAUGUGAUGACGGCUUUCCUGUAUGGCGUCAUGAAGGAACAAGUGUUCUGCGCGAUUCCUGAAGGCGUUGAACUUGAUAGUACGUUCGAUUGCCUGGAAUUGGUGAAGUCAAUUGUGGCCUCAAGCAAGCGUCGCGAGUGUGGAACGAGACGUUCGACGAGUUUGUGUGCUCCAUUGGAAUUCAAGUAUCGGACUUCGACCCAUGUCUCGAGAUCAAGACUUCGGUCGGCCAUUGUGUAUUUGUACUGGUCUACGUGGACGACGUCUUGGUGA